CGGAGGCAUAAACCUUUGAGGGCGGAGAACACGCUUCCUUUUUUUCUCUGGCCGACAUAACGUGAGGAGCGUGGUUCUCGGCGAGCCGAAGCGGAAAUAACGAUUAUGGCCUGUGCCCGACCCCUCAUCUCGGUUUAUUCCGAAAAAGGAGACUCCUCAGGCAAGAAUAUUGUCCUGCCUGCAGUGUUCAGGGCUCCCAUUCGCCCUGAUGUUGUGAAUUUUGUGCAUACCAACAUGCGCAAGAACAGUCGCCAGCCCUAUGCAGUCAGCGCACUGGCAGGCCACCAGACCAGUGCUGAGUCCUGGGGUACAGGAAGGGCUGUGGCCCGUAUCCCUCGUGUGAGGGGUGGUGGUACUCACCGUUCUGGCCAGGGUGCCUUUGGAAACAUGUGUCGUGGAGGGCGCAUGUUUGCCCCCACCAAGACCUGGCGUCGUUGGCACCGCAGGAUCAACACGACCCAGAAGCGUUAUGCCCUCUGCUCUGCUCUGGCUGCUACUGCCAUCCCUGCGCUUGUCAUGUCCAAGGGACACCGUGUUGAGGAAAUCCCAGAAGUCCCUUUGGUGGUUGAAGACAAAGUCGAGGGCUACAAGAAAACCAAGGAGGCAGUGCUCCUGCUGAAGAAGCUGAAAGCCUGGAAUGACAUAAAGAAGGUCUACGCCUCUCAGCGCAUGCGUGCCGGAAAGGGUAAGAUGAGGAAUCGACGACGCAUUCAACGCAGAGGGCCUUGUAUCAUCUAUAACCAAGAUGCUGGUGUCACCAAGGCUUUCAGAAAUAUUCCUGGCAUCACUCUCCAGAAUGUGAACAAGCUGAACCUUCUGAGACUGGCCCCCGGCGGUCAUGUUGGUCGCUUCUGCAUCUGGACUGAGAGCGCUUUCCGCAAGCUGGAUGAGUUGUACGGCACCUGGCGUAAACCUUCCUCCCUCAAGAUUGACUACAACUUGCCAAUGCACAAGAUGACCAACACAGACCUGAGUAGGAUUCUGAAGAGCGAGGAGAUCCAGAAAGCACUUCGUGCACCCAGGAAGAAGAUCAAGCGCAGAGUCCUGAAGAAGAAUCCUCUGAAGAACAUGAGGAUAAUGUUCAAACUGAACCCAUAUGCCAAGACUGCCAGACGUCAGGCAAUUCUCAAGCAUGAUCCCAAAAUCAAGGCUAAGAUGCUGAAACCCAAGAAGAAGCCUGGAAAGAAGGGAGCACCCAAGAAAAUCAAGGCUUAACUUUUUACCUGACUGGAGUUAACUGAACAAUAAAUAAGUUUUGGAUCAAA